GAGAUGCCCUUCAGGUCAUCGAUGAUCUACGGGUGGAAUUUCUGGGCAGCUUUGUCUGCCGCCUUCCUUGCAGCCCAUACAUUCCCGCACACCAAUAUUAAAAUAAGCCAAGCGUUGCCAGAGUCCAUCCUGUCUUAUUCCUGCCCUCUCUUCUGGACCGAAUAUGAAGGCCACUGUUACCGAUAUUUCCCGGUUAAUAAAACUUGGGCGGAGGCCGACCUGUAUUGCGCAGAGUUUUCUAUCGGAUUGAAAUCGGCCAAAUUAGCAUCUAUUCACAGCUGGGAAGAAAAUGUGUUUGUCUACGACCUUGUAAACAGCAGGGUGCCUGGGAUACCCACAGAUAUCUGGAUGGGGUUGAAUGAUCUUAGACAGGAGAGCAACUUCGAAUGGACAGAUGGCUCUCCCUAUGACUACAACUACUGGGAUGGGAAUCAACCGGAUGAUGGGAUCCACACUAUACCGGAGGACGAAGACUGCGUCCAGAUCUGGUACAGAUACAGCAGUGCGCUACGAUCUUGGAACGACAAUAGCUGCAAUCGAGAAUUUCCAUUUGUGUGUAAGAUCCCGUCUUUGGCAGCUGAUUAACCGGCUUCCCUGCCCUGGAGAAAUGAAACAUCUGACUUCAGAAAGAUCAGCAGGAG